CACGCCACGCGCCGGGACAUCCUCGCAUCACAUCAUCGCGUCGUAGCGCAAUCGCAUCGCAUCGCAGCGCAGAGCUCAGCGCUCCUUUCGCAGGACAGGCGGCAGCGGCAGGAGGACCCCGCGCACCGCUGCGGACACACAGGGGAGCCCUUUCAGCGUAACAACUUAGCAGGUAUUCGCGGGGACGUGGGAUCAGCAGCCCACUGGCGCCCUACGCUCCGGGGACCACCGCUGCAGUGCACGUUUUACCGCUCUGUGUGCGUGGAUCCGUCACGUCGAGUCCGCACGGAAGGUCCCAUCCGAGCUGCGCAGCGCGUCCCGGCCGCUGAACUUGGGCUCCGCGGGGUCACCGUGUCCAUUCAGUGGGACAGGCGCGGGCACGGAGCGCGCACUCGCCGAGCGAUCUCCCCCCCCCCCUCCCCUUCAGCACCACCUCCUCGGCGGCCCCGAGGGACAGAUUCGCCAUGGACCCGGGCCGUCGGGGAUUUAUCGCCCGUGAUGGAAUGAGGAGCCGCCGGUCACGCUGAGUCGCGUGGAGGGAGGACACGCGCCCGCGAUCGCCACACGCAGGCGCGAGACGGGAUUAUUUUGCUCGCGCGCAUCGCUUGCACACGUUAUUGAUUUCAUCUGCGAACGGGUCGAUUCGAUUGUACUGUUGGAAAGUAAAGUGCCACUUGGUUUGGUAAAUUUACUUCUCAUUCCGCGAACACCCUGCUCGCGAUGAGAAGGUCUGCGGCGACGGCGAUCUGUGUGGCGGUGGCGUACGCGCUCGUGCUCCCGGUGGGCUGCACACCCGCGCCCGACACCCACGCCGACGGCGCACCGGCGCCCCGCGGCGCGUGCGCGUCCUGUGCCCGCACGCGCCCCCUGGACCCGGGGCGCGUGAGCGCGGACUUCCUGGAGGCGGUGAAGAGGCACAUCUUGGAGCGCCUGCAGAUGCGGGACAGACCCAACAUCACGCAGCCGGUGCCGAGGGCGGCCAUGGUGACGGCGCUGCGGAAGCUGCACGCGGGCAAGGUGAGCGAGGACGGCCGCGUGGAGAUCCCCGACCUGGACGGGCAGGCGGCGCGCGGCGAGGAGGCGCGCGGCGACGCGUCGGAGAUCAUCAGCUUCGCGGAGUCAGAUGAGCUGGCGUCGCCGAAGUCAAGCCUCUACUUCUUGAUCUCCAACGAGGGCAACCAAAACCUGCACGUGUCACAAGCCAGCCUGUGGCUGUACUUCAAGGUGCUGCCCGGCAGCUCGGAGAAGGGCCUGCGGCGGAAGGUGACCGUCAAGGUGUUCUACCAGGAGCGCUCCUCAGGGAGCCGGUGGAACCUUGUGGAGAAGCGGGUGGAGCUGAAGCGCAGCAGCUGGCACACCUUCCCGAUGACGGAACCCGUGCGGAGCACUUUCGCCGCCGGGGACCGGCGCCAGGACCUGGAUGUGCGCUGCGAGGGGUGCGAGGCAGCUGGAGUGCUGCCCAUCUUGGUUGCCCCCGACGACGAGGCGCACCGCCCCUUCCUGGUGGUGCAGGCCCGGCAGGCGGACAGCAAGCACCGCAUCCGCAAGCGAGGCCUCGAGUGCGACGGCACGAGCAGCCUGUGCUGCCGCCAGCAGUUCUACAUCGACUUCCGGCUCAUCGGCUGGAACGACUGGAUCAUCGCGCCCUCGGGCUACUUUGGGAACUACUGCGAGGGGAGCUGCCCGGCCUACAUGGCGGGGGUGCCCGGUUCGGCGUCCUCCUUCCACACGGCCGUGGUGAACCAGUACCGCAUGCGGGGGAUGAGCCCCGGCUCCGUGAACUCGUGCUGCAUCCCGACCAAACUGAGCACCAUGUCCAUGCUCUACUUCGACGACGAGUACAACAUCGUCAAGCGGGACGUGCCCAACAUGAUAGUGGAGGAAUGUGGCUGCGCUUGAUCCCAUCUGGACCGUGCCAACGGGAAAGCGACAUCCCGAACUGCAAGCGUGACACUGCUAUUUGUAAAUGUACGACAUACAGGUGGAGACGUGAACGUCUAGACAAACAACAGACGCACGGACGCACAUGUACAUAUAUUUAUGUUUGUUAUUUUGUUAUUGUCUCCUGGCUGAAGUCUUUCUUCAGGGCUUCUGGCAUGCAGAUCAAUGUGGUUUUAUAAAUGCACUGUGUGCAAACACCUCUUAGGCCUAAGUGUCAAAUGGAUGAGAAGACACUUUGUGAUCAAACUCUAUUUUUCUAGAUGGACGUAUGCCAUAUUUGUUACCCCAUCUUUCAUCGAAAUGUGCGUUUUUCGUUUCCGUGUCAGACUGCGCCGCCUGCCCGGCUCGAAGGCAGAGCGCUCUCUCCCCGCACGCGUAACUACAUCACGCAGGCGAGAAGCAAGCUCUGAUUGGCUGGAACGGGCAGCCAGCCGUGCCUCCCACACGUCUGUAAGGAGCGUUUCUGCAGCGGCCGGUCAAGAUGACGCCGGUCAUCUUCAUCCUGCCAAGAGGUGCGCGGUUGACAGAUUGCAUAGCUCAGGCUCCAACCGCGGUCCGAGCCGUAGGACUUGGCCCGUGCUCUCGAAGAGCGCCGUUUCCGAACGCUUCGGUUGCCGUUUCCGCGUUCCAGAGGAAACGGACACGGGAGGAAGCCGGUGAAGGAGGUCCGCGGGUGGCGCGGCCUCUUCUCAGCACGUACUUCAUCGUGACAAGACGAGGACGAGCGCUGAAAAAGGCGGCAUCUCAAACACGAGCACUUGUGACAAGGAGCAGGUCCUGACGGUGGACAAGGACCAAGAGAAGCGGCCGUCGUCUUUACCACCUGAACCGUUACCGUUGCUACGGAAACACGCCGGCUGCCGACGAGGCUGAUCUGAGCAGACGUUCCCACUUAGCGAAGUGCCGAGGUCCUUGACCGGGUGACGUCCUUGCAGCGAGGACAGAAGGUGUACGCCUGUCUGUAAAUGGGAAGGAAGGAGGCAGACUUCGCACGUUCUUCUGGGAGAUGUAGUGCCCUUUAAAAUGUCAUCAAAAUGUACUUAAAACAGCUGAUGCAAAAAUGGAAAAAAUCACGAUAGUCUCAGCCGCAUACUGCUCAGUUGGUUAUGGUGCAGCAUAGCACUUGCAAAACUCCGAAAUGCACAUUUUAUAGCACUUGCAGACUGCAUUGCCUUUAAAGAGGGUACGACGUGGCUCACUAUCCUAUUAAUAAUAAGUGCCGCAUGAGCUAUGCAAUGUAUAGUAUUGAUCCACAACAGACAAACAGAACUUUUGUACUAGUUUUUAACUUGCGUCAAUACUUGAAAGUCAAUCUUUCGCUUCUUAUUCCAAGCGGAUGGUUGUUACAAUGUUUGCACUGAAAAGUCACGUAAUUAGUGUAAAAAUGCCAUUGAAAAAGUUAUUUUUAUAGAAGCGAACUGAAUUCUGUUAGAUGUAUUAUACCUAUUGACGGAACCAAAGAGGCCAAGAUUUCAGCUAUUUAUAGCAAGGCCAUCACCUUAUUUUAUGAAAUACAUCGUGAUGGUUUGGGAGGCCUAAUCACUGCA